AAAUAUAUAGUUUGAUAUAUCUUGAGGGAAAACAAUUGAAUUUUUGAUAUAUAUUAUGGGAGAGAGAUUUAGUUUCACAGCUCUUUUGAAUUUCCAAUUUUGAACAUUCUUCCUCCUCUUGACGUCAUGGAUGAUAAGGUAUAUAUAUUUUGGCGAGCAGAAUCUUAAUGCAUUAAUUUGUCUGCAACCAGAGAAGAAUUUCUGCAGUUGUGUAUGAAGAUGACUUUCGUCGCGAAAUUAUUGGUCUUUUCACUAUGUGUUGUAUUGGUGUGUAGCUACAAGCUUGAAAAUUCAGGUGAUGUCGACAAUCAUAAUUCCGACUCAACCGAAAACCGUAACUUCGAAUCGACGGACAAUCAAAAACGUGAUCUAACAUCAAGAAACGAGUUAAAUCAUGCCGAAGACACACCGUUGAGACUUGGACGUGAAGCAAAACGAAAAACGCCGUUAAGACUUGGAAGAGAAUCUGAUCGUGGUCGAAAUACACCUUUAAGACUUGGCCGUGAAUCUGAUCAGGCAAGAAACACACCCUUACGACUUGGACGCGAAUUAUAUCAUGAAAGAAAAGACAUACCAUUAAGACUGGGGCGAGAAUCGGAAGAUGACACUCCUUUACGACUUGGACGAGAAUCUAACUAUGCCAAGGAAACUCCAUUAAGACUGGGGCGAGAAUCUGAUCGGGCAAGAAACACACCUUUACGACUUGGACGAGAAUCUAACUAUGCCAAGGAAACUCCAUUAAGACUUGGAAAACACUCUCGUUACGCUGAAGACACAUCGUUAAGACUUGGACGGCAACACAACAAAGCCAGAGAUACACCAUUGAGACUCGACAGAGAAUCUGAUCGUAGCAAAAACACACCAUUGAGACUCGGCAGAGAAUCUGAUCGUAGAAAAAACACACCAUUGAGACUCGGCAGAGAAUCUGAUCGUAGCAAAAACACACUAUUGAGACUCGGAAGAGAAUCUGAUCGUAGCAGAAACACACCAUUGAGACUCGGAAGAGAAUCUGAUCGUAGCAGAAACACACCAUUGAGACUCGGCAGAGAAUCUGAUCGUAGCAGAAACACACCAUUGAGACUCGGAAGAGAAUCUGAUCGUAGCAGAAACACACCAUUGAGACUCGGCAGAGAAUCUGAUCGUAGCAGAAACACACCAUUGAGACUCGGAAGAGAAUCUGAUCGUAGCAGAAACACACCUUUACGGCUUGGACGAGAGUCUAACUAUGCCAAUAAAACUCCAUUAAGACUGGGGCGAGUAUCUGAAGACGACACUCCUUUACGACUUGGACGAGAAUCUAACUAUGCCAAGGAAACACCAUUACGACUGGGGCGAGAAUCUGAAGACGACACUCCUUUGAGACUUGGAAGAGAGUCUGACGACGCCGAAAACACGCCAUUGAGACUUGGACGUGAAUACGAGACUUCUAAAGAUACGCCAUUGCGUCUCGGACGUGAAUCUAGACACGAUAUGAACACACGUUUAAGACUUGGACGAGAAUCUGAUCACGCUAAAAGGACACCGUUAAGACUUGGACGAGAACACGACACUGCCAAAGAAACGCCGCUAAGACUUGGACGCGAGUCAUACCAUGAUGAAAAAGACACUCCUUUGAGACUUGGACGUGGAUCCGAUCGCAAUAAAUUUAAACAACAUGAAAACAAUCAAAAGUACAAGCGUUCGGUAAAUGAUGCAAAUAACAUGGCGAUGUAAGAUGAAAGAUGCAGUAAACAAGACACACAAGGAGAACUCACAAGGAAAACAUGAGUUUAUUUACGAUUAGUUUCACGGACAUUCAUUUAAUUUAUGUAAAUUUUUUAAUUCUUAAGAUCAGGUGAUAUAGUAAUGGAAAGGUUUAUUUUUGUAAUUAGGGUAUAUAUAUAUAAAUAGAGCGCUGGUUAAUGUAUAUCUAUUGAUAGUGUAUUUAUCAAGGAGAAUAAGUAUACCCAUAACUAAGAAA